GAGAGGGCGUGGGACAAUCUGAGUGAGCACCAGGACUCCUCUGCAAAGACCUGGACCCCAGCUCUGAGACAAUAUGGCUGACACAAACAUUAGAAUCAGUGGGGGGGCAGUCAGAUUUGGAGCCACUUAUGGAGGCAACCGUCUGUUCACAGGGGCCAGAGGAGGUGGAGGUUCUGGCGUGGUUCUAUCCCGUUCAUUUGGCCUGGCAAGGGGUGCAGGAGCCGCUGGUGGAGGUCUUGGUUUGGGGCUUGGAAUUGGAGGUCUAGGUCUAGCUCUGGGUGCUGGUGCAGGUGGUGGUGCAGGUGCUGGUGGAGCAGGUAUCGGCCUGGGCGGAGGCGCACUUGCCUUAGGUAGUGGUUUGGGUCUGGGAGCUGCAGGUGCCAGAGCUGCAGGCUUCAGGGUCGGUGUGGCUCCUCUAAGAGCUCGUCUGGGUGGCCGCGUCUUCAAGAUCGGAAGUUAUGGUUUUAACCCAUCCUUCUUGAGCACCAGCACCACAGUAGAUGCAGGUGUCAGUCCAGUGCCCACCAUUGACCCCACGCUCCCAUCCAUGGACACCGUGCAGGUCACACGCUUGAAGGAGAAAGAAGAGCUGCAAGCCCUCAAUGACAAAUUUGCAUCCUUCAUUGAUAAGGCUCGGUCACUGGAGCAGCACAAUGCCAUACUGAAAGCCAAGAUUGCCAUGUUCACCAAUCCUGAGCAGGGCGGUCCUGCCAGUACCUCCAUUCUGCUCACAUCAGCUAUAGGAAGCUACAAAUCCCAGAUUGAUGGUCUUACUGCCACUAAAGAGGCCAUCAUCGCUGAGAUCGAACACUAUAAAGGCAUCAUUGGUGACGUGCAGGCCAGAUAUGAAGAGGAAGUGGCUCAGACCAAAUCUUUGGAGUUGGACUGGAGCACUUUAAAGGAGGAGGUGGACAACCUUUACCUCACUAUUUUUGAGCUGCAAGCUGGCAUCACUGGUCUAGAAGAUCAGAUUGCUCUGUCCAAGCAGGUGUAUGAUACUAAAGUUAAAGAGGUCAGGAACAUUGUGACUGGCAGUGUGAAGUCAGCUGUCUCCAUCUCUGUGGAUAACACAGCACAGGCACAAGACCUGACAUCUGCCCUUGCCGAUGUUAAAGCUCACUAUGAAGCUCUGGCACAGCGCAGCAAACAGGAUGCACUUCUCUCCGUCCAGGACAGUAUCUCCAUGAUGACCAUUUCAUCUCAGCCCAGUAUUCAGUCCCUCACUGCGGCUAAAGAGGAGCUGCGAGUCUACAAGCUACAGAUUGAUUCUGUGCAGAGAGAAAUUGACCGUCUCAAAUCACUGAACAUCCAGCUAGAAUCUCAGGUGGAUGAGGCUGAAUCUCACUCCAGCUCACACACCGAGACCUACCAGGAACAAGUGCAUGCACUCAAGUCCCAGCUGGAUGACCUGAGAAAGCAAAUCGCACAUUACGGACAAGAAUACCAGGAACUUCUGGCCAGCAAAAUGUCUCUGGAUGUCGAAAUCACAGCUUACAAAAAACUCCUGGACAGUGAGGAGAACAGGCUGAAGUCUGGGGGUGGUAUCACAGUGCACAUGUCUAAGUCAGCAGUAGGAGGAGCAGCAGGAGGCGCAGCAGGAGGUGCUGGAGCUGCUCUGGCUCUCGGUGCAGGAGGAGGAGGACUGGGAGGAGGUGCUGGCCUUGGCCUUGGAGGUGGAUAUGGCUAUGGUCUAGGCCUGGGUGGAGGAGGUCUCGGGGGUGGUCUCGGGGGUGGUCUCGGAGGUGGUCUCGGAGGUGGUAUUGGAAGUGGUCUUGGAGUGGGAUUGGGAGGAGGAGGACUUGGGCUAGGAGCAGGUGGGAGCAGCUAUGUGUCCUCCAGCUUGAGCAGCAGUGCUCUCUCAACCAGUGUUUACUGAAGAAACAAAAAGAACAACACUGGCCUGAAUAUUGCUUCCUAAAAUACACUACAGCUCUGUUUAUUGUCUUCCACACAAACUCCUCACAUGCUUCAAGAUUCCAACAACUCUAUGAUGUUCGGUUGUUUUGUAUUUUCAUAUUCAAUAAAACAUUCCUACUUUUUAAAUUCAUAUUGUGGUAAGACCCAAUAAAACAGUGUUCAUUUAA